AUGUUUCCUGCAUUGCUUAGAGUCCCCAAUGUCUUUUCUGUGGCAGGCAGGAAACCUCCGUUGAUCAGAGUGAAUUUGGCUGAGCUCAAGAAGAAGGAGAUCACCCUGCAGCCUGGAAACCCUCUGUACCUGAGCUGUAAUGGCAUCGGUGAGGUCACCUGGAAGACAGCACUGUGGAAACACAAGAUUUACGUCUCCAAAAACGUUGUGAAGGUGGAUAAACCUACGUGGGAGUACACGGGCACCUACGUUUGUGCAUACGCGGAUGACAUGAGCGUCUUCUCCGAGGUUCAUGUUUACGUCAAAGAUCCCCAGAACCUCUUCACACCAGUGCAAUCUGUCGCUCCAGUGAAAAAAGAGGGCAGUAGCUAUCUGUUGCCAUGCCGACUGACGGAUCCCACUGCGACUGACUUCUCGCUCCGUAUGUUGAAUGGUAGCUCUGCUCCUGCUGGGAUGAACUACACCACCGAUCCGAGGAAGGGUAUUGAGAUCCACAACCUUCAGCACAGCUACGGCACACAAUACGUCUGUUCUGCCCGGAUCGCAGGAGUGGAGAAGAUCUCCGGACCCGUCCUCAUAAGAGUAUCUCAAAGGUUGCGUCAGCCUCCCUACGUGUCCCUGGAUGAAAAGGAAUAUGUGCGUCUUGUCGGAGAGGAGCUGGUAAUCACCUGCACCAUCUACAACCCCAACUUAUUCUAUGAGGUCACCUGGAUCUCCUCACGCAAGACAUUAAGCCCCAAAAAAACUGUGAAUAAUAGUAAUGACGGGUCGACCACCAGGAGUGUUUUGACGAUACCCAGAGUGAACAUGUCUGACACCGGGAAUCUAACCUGCAUGGCGAGGAAUGAGGCAGGCGUCAGCAGUUCCACCGCUCACCUGCAGGUUGUAGAUCGGCCUUACAUACGUCUCUAUCCCGGGCCAUCACCUGGCAAAAACGGGACGACCAUUGAGACGAAUGAGGGCGAGGACCUACAGCUGAGGGUGCGGAUCGAAGCAUACCCCAAGAUCGAGGUCAUGUGGGACACACCCAAAUCUCACAACCACUCAGUGGAGUUCCACCUGAAUAAAUACAGGUACGAAGCAGCCCUGUUUCUGAAGAGGAUGCAGUCUAGUUAUCAGGGUCAAUAUGUCCUUCUCGCCAGGAGCUCCAAGGUCAAUGCCUCCAUUACCUUUCACGUUAAGAUGUUCGAGAGGCCAAGUGCAGUGCUGAGAUUGGAGAAUACCAGCACAUUUACCUGCACUUCCUUUGGAAACCCAGCUCCCAGAAUCCUCUGGUACAGGUGUUCUGGAAUCAGAAGCACGUGCGCUGAGAACGAGACCCAGGGGGCGGAGCCUCUCACGACCGCGGUGGAGCCGGUGCGGCAUGAGGAGUACGGUCCGGCGGAGGUGACGAGCGUGCUGACCCUGCCACCGUCCCGUCACAGCACGACCGUGGAGUGCGUGGCCAUUAACUCCGUCGGGAAGAGCCAAGACGCCCUCGUCAUGGAUGUAUACCUUAAGGAAGUUUGGCUGUCUAAGAUCCUCACGCCAUCUCUGGCUGUGGCCGCUGGCCUCCUGCUGAUCCUGACGAUCAUUCUUCUGUACAAGUAUAAGCAGAAACCAAGAUAUGAAAUCCGAUGGAAGAUUAUAGAGGCCAGUGACGGCAACCACUACACCUUUAUCGACCCCUCCCAACUUCCUUACAACGAGAAAUGGGAGUUCCCCAGGGACAAGCUGAAAUUAGGGAAGGUGCUGGGAGCAGGAGCUUUUGGGAAAGUGGUGGAAGCCACAGCAUACGGCUUGGGAAAGGAAGACAAUGUGCAACUUGUCGCAGUAAAGAUGCUCAAACCCACCGCUCAUUCCGAGGAGAGAGAGGCAUUGAUCUGUGAGCUGAAAAUUCUCAGCCACCUGGGGCAGCACAGGAACAUAGUCAACCUCUUGGGCGCCUGCACUCACGGAGGGCCCGUGCUGGUGAUCACGGAGUACUGUAGCCACGGCGACCUGCUGAACUUCCUGAGGAGCCGGGCGGAGUCAUUCCUGAGCUUCGCUGCGAACAUGACGGGCACCCUGGAGAGGAGCGUCGACAGCAAGAGUGACUACACCAACCUCUCUGCCAAAAACCCCUACGUCAGAAGCGACAGUGGAAUCUCCUCCACAUGCUCAGACGGGUAUCAGGACAUGAAGUUUGUACAGAGGCUGACACGUUCCUCUCUGGAUCCCUGUGGCGAGGAGGCGGAGAUUCAGACCUGGCCCCUCGACAUCAACGACCUGCUAGCCUUCUCCUUCCAGGUGGCCCAGGGCCUGGAGUUCCUGGCUUCCAAAAAUUGCAUCCACAGGGACGUGGCGGCCAGGAACGUCCUGCUGACGGACUCCCGCAUCGCCAAGAUCUGCGACUUCGGCCUGGCCCGCGAUAUUAUGAAUGACUCCAACUACGUGGUGAAAGGAAAUGCCAGGCUGCCGGUGAAGUGGAUGGCACCAGAGAGCAUCUUUGACUGCGUCUACACCGUCCAGAGCGACGUCUGGUCCUACGGCAUCUUACUGUGGGAGAUCUUCUCCCUGGGGAAGAGCCCCUAUCCUGGCGUUCCAGUGGACUCCAGGUUUUACAAAAUGAUAAAAGAUGGUUGCCAGAUGUGCCAGCCAGAAUUUGCCCCUGCAGAGAUAUACGCCAUUACCAAAGCGUGCUGGAACCUUGAACCUACAGUUAGGCCAACCUUCAGCAAGAUCAUCCAGAACAUGGGGCAGCUGCUCCACGCCUCGUCUGAGGAGGGGUACAAGAACAUACUGAAAGAAGCUCGGAACUCCAAACCAGAGUCCUGUUACUCUUGUGGGGGUGGUGAGUCAUGUGACCAUGAAGAUGAGGGACAGCCACUGAUGAACACCAACAACUACCAGUUAUGCUGAAAUGCUGGUUCUCUCUCUCGCCCCUCUCCCUCUUUCUCCCUCUUGCUCUCUUUCUCUCUCCUCCACCCUCUCUCUCCCUCUCCCUCUUUCCCUCUCUCUCUCUCUCUCUCCCUCUUUCUCUCUCUCCCUCUCUCUCUCUUUCUCUCUCUUUUUCUAUGAAUCUCAGACGGUGCUCAGCAAUCCCAGACAGUAGAUUCAGAUCAAUUUGUGUCAUUCCUCAUUUCCAAUUUCGUCAGAAAGGAAAUUAAAGUUAUACAUUUUCAGUCAAAGACAUAUUCCUGCUACUUCAAAGCAGAAUCCAGCCUUUCCUUUGAAUUCUACUGAAAUAUUACAUGUUUGAAUAAUGUAUUUUUCCUGUGACUUCUCAUCAUUGCAAAUGUGUGUUGUUUCUCCACGUCAAAAUGAAGCUCACCUGUCAUAAGCCUGCACCUGUGUGAGAGAGCGUGUCAGUGAGUGGACAUGCUGUGCUCUCAGUAGCUCGGCGUCAUUUAUAUAGCGCCUUUGUCCAAAGUGCUUAACAAUUGAUGCUUCUCAUUCACUCAUUCAUACACACACCAAUGGCGAUUGGCUACCAUGCAAGGCACCAACCAGCUUGUUAGGAGCAUUUGGGGGUUAGGUGUCUUACUCAGGGGCACUUCGACACACCCAGGGGGGGAUUGAACCGGCAACCCUGCUCUUACCACUCUUGCCAAUGUCGCCCACCAUCUCUGUAGAACAGGGGACUUACAGGAUUGUGAAGAUCUUACAUUGGGCCCCACAGUCCCAGAAAAUCCUCUUUUAAUAUUUUUUGAGGGCCCCUUAGUCAGGCUCCUUGUACUAGCCUUAACCCAGGGCCCACCAAACCCCAAUGUCUCCCCUGACAAGGAUGGUGUGAGUGAUAUCGUUUUUAUGACGGGAUUAAGAACCAUAAUCAUAAUAUGGCCAUAAUCACACAGUUCAAACAGUAACAGUAAUAAGCUUACAAGCAGCAAUGCUUCUUGAGGUAAAAUGAGUGGAAGACACAAACUGUUGUCUGCCAUAUUGAUAGACGGGAGCACAAUUACCUAUAAACUGUUGUUUUCUUAUAAUACAUUGUAUUUUUGAUGUUGUGCAAAGUUUAUGCUAGGUUUCUUCCAUGUCAUUUUCAGUUUUUGUUUAGGUUUUUUAAACUUGCGAACUUUCAGACAUAUGACCAUAAGUUGUAUUUGUUACUUGGAUAAGCUGUGAACUUCUAAAAACACAAUAUGCUGUCUCCAUGUUAUGUAGCACACAGCGUACACUGCCUUUGUUUUAAAAUGUGUGUAAAAAAAUUUGUAUUACAUUUGUGGCACUAUAAUUUUGAUUGAGUAAUAAUGCAAUGAUCCAGAAGAAGGAGGAGUUUUAUUUUUAAGAUUGUGCUUAGGUUCUUUACAGAUAUCACAUUGUCUGUACAACUCAAUGGACAAGGAAUAUGGAAUGCAGUUUAUAACCUAUUCAAAGGUGAAACAUUGAACACAUCUGUUGUAUCGGAUACGCAUGAGAAAUAUAUAACUAUUCUAUGAAUAAAUAUGAAAUGGUUAUUCAGUAAUGAUAAAGUACUGUAUCAAAAACUAAAGGGGAUUUCAUCUAUCAUCUAUUGCAUCCCCUCAUGAGUUAGUGUCACAUUUUAGUGCCAGAUUAUUUUUUUAUUUGUACACAUCAUCCCAAACUUGCCUUUUAAUGAGGUUGAUCAUAAAUAUUGUGUUGUUAAAAAAAGGAUUAUGAAAAUAUGAUUAAAGUAGGAAUUUACAAUUAAGAUAUCUGUGACAAACCAACAGAAUUUUGAUUGUAGUACAGUAUUUCAUGAUUUUUGCCUAUUUCUUGUAUUUUUUAAAAUGUUUUAUAUCUCUCCAGGUAAACUUUUUUUGAGCUUUUCUUGUACUGUAUAUAUUAUACUAUCAAUAAAGCAUAUGAUUAUUCAA